GCGCGGCUGAGCGGCGCAGCUGGGUCGCUCGCAGCCACCAGAGGUGGGAGAAAGCGGUGUGGGGACGGCAGUAGGACAGCAGUGACGGGCAUGGGGACGGCGCUGGCGGCGCGGCUCGGCUUGGGGCUUCUGCUCCUGGCACUCAUCCUACCCACGCAGAUCUACUGCAAUCCCAAUGGAACAAGUCCAACACCUUCAAACAAUUCUUCAGCAGCUUCCACUUUGUCAGCUGUCGUAAAUUCACUGAACAGUACCACCCCUCACGGACAUGGAAAUUGCCUUCACUCUGCCACAAGCCUCCUUUUCAUUCUCUCAGUUUCCCUUCUGUAUUUUUGCUGUUAAGAGACUCUGGCAGGGAAAUGGCUACCACUCCCCACCCAGUUUCCUGAACCAUCUGAGAUGGCUAGAUCUUCGACCCAGCAUGAAAAUGAAUCAGUCCAAACUCUGCAUCAAACCGGCUUGGUUCCACUCCAUACUGUAAUUAGUACCUGUCUGACCUAGAGAAUCACCUGCUGCUCUCACUUUCCAGAGCUGACCCAAUAUGAAAAGGAUGUGACUAACUUCAGCCAGGAGGUAAAAUGAGCUCUCUCACCAGAUGAGUUUGAAUUCAAAGUACAAGAUGGAAGCAAAAAGACAGUAUUGACAACUCCUCCCAAUUUAAAGCUGAGAAGAAAUGCAGUGUCCUUGUUGUUGUCCAGGUUGGAUGAUAACACCUCAGCAAGGCAGAAGGCUAGAGACUUUAUCUACCACUUAGAAUGACAACUUGAAGAGAUUUUAUCUUCCUUUUAAGUUCAUUAAAGUCAGUAGCUCAUAGAAAGUGCUAGAAAACACAGAAAAGCUCAAACGGUUCUGUUCCUUUCACAGCCUGCAUGGUUAAAAUCAAUGGGUAGUAGGAAUGUAUGCAAAAGACACAAAGUAACAGUGAGAAGGGUUUCUUCUAGAUUUAAUUUGUAUAAAGUUGUUAUGAGACUAAAACAGAACUCCAAAUUUUGUAAUAAUCCUUAUUUUUAUUUCUGAGUUCUAACCAAAUGGCUAGUCAGGCAGGGCUAGUUCUGAAACAGUGAAAAUAAACAGUCAAGGGUUUUCCUAAGAGUUGAAUUAUUUACCAUGGGGAUUUGGUUUUGACAUUUUAUUUAAAUUGUUCAUAUAUUAAACCCUAUGUGCCAGAGUAAUGAGGUGUGGAAACAUUGGGAAAAGUACCAGGAGCUUUUUGUAAAUGAAGUUCAGACAAAAAAAAAAAGUCAAGGGAUAACGAUCUCCUCUUUCCCCUAUUUCUCCUCCCAGUUCUACAAGUUGUACAAGUCCUUUUUGCUCCUGGAACUUUCCUUAAUUAUGAAGGAUUUAUAGAACCUCUUGAGUAAUGUUUUAGUGCUGCUUUUUUUUUUUUUUUUUUUUUUGGCACAAAGUAAAUAACUUACUGUUUGUUUGGAAGAGUUUUCAUUGUGAUGGUUUACUUUAAACAUGGGCUAAUAUUUGUGGUGGGGAGAAGGAACAGGGGAGAGGAGAGAAAAACGCCAAAAAAAAUAAGACAUUAAAUGAUUAGGUGUUUGGAAUCUGAAGACUGGAGUCUUAAUUUAAUCAAUUUAAAAAUGACCUUUGUAAAUACUUUUUAAAAAACUUUCUGAAUCAAAACUGCUACACUUGCACAGAUUGUUUCUGUAUCAUUCAACCCUUUAGAUAAUAGCAUCUGGUAGUUGAUCAAAGCAAGCUCAGUUAAGGAAGUUCAUCUACCUUAACAACACCUGAUGAAGAAAAAAGUUGAUAAAACAGGAGCGUAUAUGAUCAUCUCACUCUGUAUAUAGAUAUCUAUCUCGGUAUAAGAUCAUGUCAAAUGAAAGUGGCUCCCAAUUUUUUUUUUUUAAUCCACAUCUUCCAGUUACAUUACCACCAAUCCAGGUUAUCAGAUCCUAGUAGCAAACUAACACAAAUUCCUGUCAGUGAGUAUACAUGGCAUUUCCUUCUGCUUAUCAUUUGUAUUGAGUAAACUGUUAAUGAUUGUAUUUUUGUGUUUGUGUAAUUAUGCUUUGAUUUACUAGCUACUGAUUUUCAGUGGGGGGGGGGAGGGAGGGGGAACCUGUAAAUAAAGCAGUGGACAGGCAAUGCAUUCCAGGUGCACUUCCAGACACUCCUGCAAGAACUUGUAACUUGCCUGCGUUAAGUGAAUGAGCUGUUAAGCAAGGCAGUGUAUGUGAUUAAAAACCUCAAGGUCUAGAAACAC